ACACGACUGCUGCUGCGGCCACGGCCGCCGCCACGACCAAGACCUUGCCCCUGACUCCUUCUUGAGUACCGCUCCCUGCGGCCCUCACCGUCGGCGAAGUACGCUUGCUCUGCGCCCUUCGCCCCUUGGCCUUUCCCCUGCUCUAGCUUGUCCUUGAUCGCCUUGUAUUCGAUCAUGACUUCCUUUAGCACACCGGUCCGCGUCAACUCCUUCGCGUAUCGCAGGUUGUGCUUUGUCAUGGCAUACUCGUCCGAGAGGGCAUCCAGGAAGAGGUGAAGGACGAACGUUUCGUUGACAGUUAGUCCUUUCUCGGUUAAGGACUUUGCGGUUUGCAGCAUCUCAUUUAGGGCGUUUUGGGGGUUUUCACCUCUAGAGAUCUUGGUCGACGUCAGGGACUUGAGGUCCUCUGACGGCUGUACAGAUGAUUCAGGGUCGUGUAUGGUCUUGAGCUCACGAAGAGCUCCCUGGGGCGUCCCUGCCCUCUUCAUGAUUAUCCGAUCAUUUUCUUUCAACGCAUUAGACGGGAAGUUCCACACGUAGAAUGCGAGCUCUACUUGCUCGCUCCGGUACUGCUGUGACAGCGAAAACUUGCCCUUUCCGCUGUUGACGGGGAUCUCCAAGCUCUCGCUCUCUUCAAAUUGUUCAAACAGGUUUGCGCCAUUAGCUGCCAUGCGGAAAUCAUUUAGCCAUUCGUUGAAAUCUUUCGAUUUCCCGCUGAACGGAGGAGAAGUGUACCGCACACUUUGGUACCCCAUUGCUGGGGUUGUGGCUCCGUAUCCAAAGCCAACAGCAGCACCACCAUCUCCCAUGGCACUACUAUAAUCUUGGUUGUGAGCAGCGGCUCUU